UCCACAUCGUUGUCGUCAUGCGUGUCCAACGAACGCUGGCGAAUGAUGAACCGUUGAGCUGUCCGUUUUAUCGCCGAACCGAAAAAGUGCUGUCAGGCCCACAAGCCGCCAAACUUCCAGCGAUCUCCUGCAAUACAAUUGUGAUGUGUCUGUAAACCUAGUGAUCAUCAACGGAACGCACAUACAAGAUGACUAAAGUGCACGUUUUCUACACGCUCAUUCCGCUCCUGCUGCUUUUCACCUGCAUAAGUCUUGUGCUCGCAGGCCGGGACUUCUAUAACAUUCUCGGGGUGUCGAAAUCCGCGACUUUGCACGAAAUUAAGAAAGCAUAUCGUCGACAAGCGAAAGAACUGCAUCCGGAUAAGAAUAAAGAUGAUCCGGACGCGUCGAGAAAGUUUCAGGAUCUCGGAGCUGCCUAUGAGGUAUUAUCAGAUGAAGACAAGCGAAAAAAGUAUGAUAGAUGUGGUGAGGAUUGUCUACAAAAGGACGGCAUGAUGGACAAUAACUUCGAUCCAUUCGCGAGCUUUUUCGGUGAUUUUGGUUUCCAUUUCGGCAAUGAAAACCAACAGCAUGAGACACCAAAAGGUGCUAAUGUUGUAAUGGAUGUAAUGACAACAUUGGAGGACUUGUAUUCCGGCACAUUCGUUGAAAUCACACGGUUUAAACCUGUGAUGAAAGCGGCGAAAGGCACGAGAAAGUGCAAUUGCCGACAGGAGAUGGUCACGCGGAAUUUGGGCCCUGGAAGGUUCCAGAUGAUCCAGCAGACUGUCUGUGAUGAGUGCCCCAAUGUAAAACUAGUCAAUGAGGAGAGAAUAUUGGAAAUGGAGAUUGAACCUGGCAUGGUUGAUGGGCAGGAAACAAAAUUCACUGCGGAAGGUGAACCACACUUGGAUGGAGAUCCUGGGGAUCUUAUACUUAGGAUUAAGACACAGCCACAUCCUGUUUUCGAGAGGAAAGGAGACGAUUUAUAUACCAAUAUUACUAUUAGUUUACAGGAUGCCCUCACUGGUUUCACCUUGGAAAUAAAACACCUUGAUGGUCAUCCCGUGUCAAUCAGUAGAGAUAAAGUGACGUGGCCAGGUGCACGUAUAAGAAAGAAGGGCGAAGGUAUGCCAAAUUAUGACAACAACAACCUCCACGGCAUCCUGUACAUUACAUUCGACGUGGAGUUCCCCAAGGAGGAGUUCAGCGACGAGAACAAGAAGGCUAUCAAAGACAUCCUUAACCAAAGCUCCAACAAUAAGGUGUACAACGGUCUGCGUGGAUACUAGCUAAUUUAUUAUUAUUGCGUUAUUGUGUUUAAUUUAUGAAAGGUUUCCACCACUGAUUGUGUUUCAUUUCGUAUUGAUUGUACAUAGAUGCACUGAUUUCCAUGAAAUGCAGUGUGGAACAUGAUGCUGAUGAACUGACAAGACUUUACAUGCACAAUACGAAAUUAUAAACGAAUGAA